AAACACGAGUAGUUUGGCCGAAGAAGACAGCGAAAGGAAGUUUGUAAACUGCUGUUGUUUUGUUUUUUCAUUCGUAUUGUCAUAUAGUUUAGACAAAAAGAAGAAAAAAAGAGAGUCACUAUGCCCGUUAUAUGUGCGGCAACAGGAUGCAACAAUAAGUUUGUCAAAGGGUCGGAAAUAAGAUUUUACAGGUUUCCUCUUAGCAAGCCUCAACUCGCCAGCAAAUGGGUGCACAGCCUUGGGAUGAAAAACUUCAUCCCAACUGCCAACACUUGCCUCUGUUCGGAGCACUUUAGGCCAGACUGCUUCAGAGACUACAAUGGCAAACAGUUUCUACGAGAGGAUGCGGUGCCCACCAUAUUCACCCAAGGACAGGAUUCCUCAAAGAUUGAACUGCGUAAAAGAGGAGUAAUCCUAAAGGAGACAAAUGUCGCAAAUCAGAUGACGACACAAGCGGACAGAGACAGAGCAAAAGAAGCUGCUCUUCGCAGAGACAAAAGAGGAGGAAUGAGGGGUGGACGAGGUGGCCGUGGAGCAAAACAGCUGUCAGAAAGGCAGAAUGUUGGAGCCAAAAACAAAGUGUACGACAACAAAGGCCGACUGCUCUCCAAUGGCAAGGACUUGUGUGACUGUUUGGAUGUGGACUGCAUGGGCUGCUUCUAUCCGUGCCCUGAAUGUGGAUCUCGCAAGUGUGGCGUUGAGUGCCGCUGUGACAGGAAGUGGCUUUACGAGCAGAUGGAAGUGGAAGGUGGCGAAAUCAUCCGGAACAAGUUCGCCAUUUAGUUUUCAGAUAUGCUUUUCUUUCUCUCUGAUUUCAUACCCAAAUCAGGCUGAUGGACCAUUCAAGACUGUGAUGCACUCUUUAAGAAAUAAUCCGCAAUAUUUAUCAAGUUUUACAAACCUAACGGAGAAGAAAACACUUUUUUUUUCUUUUUUUUUUCUUUAAAUAAAGAUUUUUUUUCCUCAAUAUUUAAUGUCUGUGCUGUUGAUAUAGUGUAGCAUGUUAUUUUUAAAAAAAGGACUUUUCUGUAGUAUUAUCAGGAGUUUGGUUUGUAAAUGAGGAAAACAUAUGGAGUGUAAUGUAUACAUUGUAUAGUUUGUAUAGAUGAUUGGAGCAUGAAGUCAGUAACAUAUUCAUCAGUGAAUGGGAUGGUGACAUAGUAUCAUCCAAACGCUAACAGGGUUUUAAAGUUAAUCAUAAAAUUAAGGUGACCAAUUUAUUAUAUAUUAAAACACUGCCUAAAUAAUAAAUAAAUAAAAAAAGGGAACAUUCAGUCAUCGCCCAGGGUGUCUUGUCUUAAUACCUGUGGGGCACACAACAUUUCAUUUAAACAUUUCACUGUCACCAAAGCAGGGGAAAUGAAAAAUGGUUUAUGAUUCUUAAGUGGACGAAUUGAUGUCCCUGUAUUUUAAUUGACUUUGAAUUAUACUGUUCCCUAUAAUUGUUCCCUUAAUU